GUUGUGUUGAAAGAAAUUAAGUAAAUUCUUCUACAAAGGCCAUGGGAGUGGUAACUGAAAAUCAUCAUCAGACUCCAUUGUUGUUGCAAUCAAGCCUUGCUUUGUCUCCUCAUGAUCAACCCAUCCACAGAACUGGAAAUGUAUGGACAACAGUGGCCCACAAAAUAACAUGAGUGAUAGGGUCAGGGGUUCUAUCAUUGGCAUGGUGUAUGGCUCAGCUAGGUUGGAUUGGAGACUCAUUCUCUAUGUUCUUCUUUGCUUUAAUCACUCUCAUCUCUACCUUUCUUCUCUCCAACUGCUACAGAUCUACUCACCCUGAGCUUGGCCCCACUAGAAACCACUCCUACUUGGAAGCUGUCUACUUCAAUUUAGGAGAGAGAAGUGCAUGGGCAUGUGGACUUUGGGUAAAUAUUAACUUAUAUGGGAUUGGCAUUGCCUACAUCAUUACUUCUGCUAUCAGCAUGAGAGCAAUACAGAAAUGAAAUUGUUACCACAAUUAUGGGCAUGAGGCUAAUUGUGAAUAUGGAGAUACUUAUUAUAUGCUAAUAUUUGGAUUAGCACAAAUUGUGAUUUCUCAAAUAGCCAAUUUUCAUAAUAUGGAAUGGCUCUCUGUUGUUGCUGCAACCAUGUCCUUCAUCUAUUCCUUCGUUGCAUUGGCACUUGGUUUGGCGAAAGUAAUAGGAGAUGGAGUCAUUAACGGUAACAUUGCAGGAGUCUCAACUGCUACUACACUUGAGAAAUUAUGGUUGGUUUCUCAAGCACUUGGGGACAUUGCUUUUGCCUAUCCAUACUCCAUCAUUCUCAUUGAAAUACAGGAUACUUUGAAGUCACCUUCACGGGAAAAUGAGACAAUGAAAAAGGCCUCAACCAUAGCAGUAUGCAUCACAACCUUCUUCUACCUCUGCUGCGGUGGCUUCGGAUAUUCAGCCUUCGGUGAUUCAACUCCGGGGAGCCUCUUGAUUGGCUUCGGAUUCUAUGAGCCUUACUGGCUUAUUGACUUUGCUAAUGCUUGCAUUGUUCUUCAUUUGGUUGGAGGAUAUCAGGUAUUCAGUCAGCCACUUUUUGCACUGGUAGACAAAUGGUUUGCAAAGAAGUUCCCAAAUAGUGGAUUUGUGAACAAUGACCACACUUUGAAACUGCCCUUUUUCCCAAUUCUCAGACUAAAUCUUCUUAGACUCUAUUUUCGCACAACUUAUGUGGCGUCAACAACUGUGAUUGCAAUGAUCUUUCCAUACUUCAACCAAGUUUUGGGAGCCUUGAAUUUUUGGCCACUUUCUAUAUAUUUUCCAGUGGAAAUGUACUUCGUGCAGACGAACAUUGGAGCUUGGUCGACUAAGUGGAUUGCUCUUCAUGCUUUUAGCAUUGUUUGUUUGCUUGUGAUUAUGUUCGCGUUGGUCGGGUCAAUUGAGGGACUUAUAUCAGCAAAGUUGAGCUGAGAAAAACUAUGUUCUAGUUUCAGUGAAGAAUGAAUAAUGAUAGCAGUACCAGUUGGAUAUAUAGGAAGUUGUUUAAUUGUUUUGUGAAUUAAAAACAAAAAACAAUAGCUUAAGAUCAUGUUUUGGGCAUAUCUCUAGAUUUUUAUUAGUGUAGCCUCAGCAUUGUUAGGAUUACUAUGAUUUUUUUUUUUAACUUCUUUCUU